AUGAAAGAGAGAGAAAAACAAAUUGAGUUGUUUUCGAAAGAUUUGAAAUUGAAACCAUUUUAUGCUAAAAUUGAGAAAGAUUCUCAUGAUCAAGCGAAGUUGGCUGGAGAGACUUUGGGAGCAGAGAGUCAGGUCGCUUCAUUUGAGAAGAAACAACAAUCUCUUGCAAUUGCUCAAGACGGUACUCAAAGACGACAAAGUAGUGCGAUUCCUGAAGAAAGUGUGGAUGAUGAAAAGCAUUUGGACGAGUUCCCAUUGCUGCUUACACAAGGUAAAUUGAAGCUGAAGCUUAAUCAGAACGAGCUUCAGCGUUUGGCACGAAUAAGAAGAUGA